AUGGCGGAUGUCAAGAGCAUGCUAGUCUUGGCACAAAAGGAACAUGAAGAGAGAUUAGAGGCGGCUGAAAAAGCAGGGGACAGGCCAGCCGAGAAGGAGCCUGCUGGUGCCCACGCAGACGUGCAAGCCCCACCUCCCAAGGAUGACCCGAAGCCGCUUGUCAGCGAUCGCGUCUUGCUCACAGCGCUCAUACUCAAAAAGGAUGCUGAGGCGGCAGAGUGCCGCAAGAAGAUACACGGCAUAUUGCUUGGGGUCCCGGCGGAUGACAAUGAAGACAGGCUCGCUAGGGACCUUUGUCGCAUACGAGCGGUGGAUCCGAAAAAUAAGCAUACGGAUGGAUACUGGCGGGCUGCAGAGGACGUUGAGAAAAUGCUUGACGAGGCGUAUGCCGAAUAUCGGAAAAGGGGGGAAAAGGCGGAUGGAGAGGGGAAUCGCGCUGAGCAGGCGCACGCUACAAGAGAGGGCGGAUCAUGGGGAGACGCUGUGACAGAAACCAUGCAGGUCAAGAACGCACGGCUGGCGAGAGGGAAGGGGGCUGCUUCGACAGCUGUCAUGCAAGCCCGAGAAGAGCAGCUGGAGAAUCGGAGGAAGGGCAAGUUGAUCUUCUGGUCUGAUUGCAGACCCCAAAAGGAUUUUGAGCGGAAGAUUCACUCCGAGGACGACGGCUCCGAAGCCUUCCUAGCCCUGCAACAUCAUUAUCAAGAUUUGUGCACCUUGACCGAUGACCAGCGUAAGAAGCGGCAGACCGAUGAUGAUGGAGGUGUCAUAGACCCUCGUAAGAAUGCCGAUGGAGUGCAUGCGGCGGUGGAUCUACCACUCUGGGACGUAGAGGGGAGUGACAGUCGGAUGAUGCUCUCGGAACGGGACAGGGCUGGAGGGAACCCUGGUUAUGAGAAGGUGCGCCGGGCUAGGUUGGAGAAAGCCUUGAGAGUCCUCCUCGAUGAUCGCACGGCGAAGGAUGGCAAAGUGAGAGAUAUGGAUGAAAUCCUCAAGGAUAUGGCGGAUAUGGAGGACAAGGAGGACAGCAACCGAGUGCUGUUCUGGCAGAAGGUCAAUGGGCAAUAG